AUUGCUGCUGAAUUAACCGCCAAUUUACACACAUAUAUAAAGGAAACUUCAUAAAAUUUCUUCACAAACGGAAAACCCUGCAACUCACGCAGCGACGGCGAUGGUGGUAGGGUUUUUCGAUCUUGUUCGGAGCACUUCGUCUAUGGUUUUGGCAGCCGCCUCCAGUAUAGGAUUUUCACCGGAUUGCGGUGAUGGAGAGACGGAGGCGGAAGUUGGCGCAGGCGCAAAUGCUUUCGAUUGCUCCUGCUCUUCAAAUUGUCGAUGUCCUCACAAUGAGUGCGGGAAAAAGUGUGCUAGUACAGAAUUGCCAUCUGCAUUGACAGGAAGGGAGGUUUCACAACUUUCUGGAGCUCGAAGUUCAGAGAUUAACAAGCAGUCAAACGAGAUCUUGUUCCCAUAUGAGGAAUUCAUACAACUUUUCAAUUGGGAGAAACCAGGUUAUCCUCCUUGUGGACUAAUAAAUGGCGGAAACAGCUGCUUUGCUAAUGUGGUUCUUCAGUGUCUUACAUACACUCGUCCACUUGCUGCCUACUUUUUGGAGAAAGGACACAAGCUAAAAUGUCGGAUGGAUAAAUGGUGCUUCCUCUGUGAUCUUCAAACUCAUGUGGAAAGUGCUAGCUGGUGUCAUACCGCAUUCAUUCCCAUACAUAUUCUUUCAAGAUUGAAUAGUAUUGGUGGUAAUCUUGAGCGUGGACAGCAGGAGGAUGCCCAUGAGUUCAUGAGGUUUGCAAUUGAUAAAAUGCAAUCUGUUUUCCUCGAUGAAUUUGGGGGAGAAAAGACUGCUCAUCCCAGAUAUCAUGAGACUAGCUUUGUUCAACAUAUAUUCGGAGGUUGCCUUCGGUCUCAGGUUAUAUGCAACAAGUGCAAUAAAAUAUCCAACCGAUUUGAUCACAUGAUGGAUUUAACUGUUGAAGUUCAUUGGGGUGCUGAGUCUUUGGAGGACUGUUUGGAUCAAUUCACUGCCAAAGAGUGGCUACAUGGAGAUAAUAUGUACAAAUGUGAUAGUUGCAAUGCUUAUGUCAAGGCACGGAAGUACCUAUCUAUUCGGCAGGCACCCAACAUUCUUACAAUUGCCUUGAAAAGAUUUCAGAAACUUAACAAGAGGGUUACCUUCCCAGAGAAGCUGGAUCUUCGUUCUUACAUGAAUGAAUCGGAAGAUGGGAAUGAUAUUUACAAGCUAUAUGCUGUAAUUGUCCAUGUAGAAAUACACCAUACAUUUGGCCAUUACAUCUGCUAUGUUAAGGAUUUUGGUGGGUAUUGGUACAAGAUUGAUGAUGAUAAGGUUUCUUCCGUGAGCUUGGAUGAGGUGCUUUCGCAGGAAGCCUAUAUGCUCUUAUACAGCAGGAUUUGCGCUCGCCCGUCAUGUUUGCUUCCUGCUGGUUCACUUACCGGAGUGAACAAAAUUUUGAAAAUACAAGCAGUUGAUUCGUCAACGACACAGCCCGUCAAUUCUGAAUCUGAGGCUGAUAGCAUGGUGGAAAUUUUAUUAGUGGAAAGUGCAGAAAAUGCAAGAGAGGAUGUAAUGGCACCACCCUGUAAUGCUCGGUUGCCAACUCGAUUUCAUGAUAGUCAUGGUUUCUACAGUUCUCCGAAAGAAGAAGAUUUUCCUCUGAAACUGGACUUCUUUAGAUCCUCCACCGGUCGUGAUGUCAAGAGGUGCAAUACAAGUGAUACCACAAAAGAUCUUUCUCAAACACGGUGUCAAAAUCUCAGUGCUGCUAAGAACUGCGCGUUUGAGAAGCAUAGAAGACAUGCCAUCUCGUCGUUUACUACUAUUCACAUCCAAAAGGAGAAGUCUGCUAAUUGCACAUACAUGCGAGAGGCUUCAAAGUGCGAAGUAAAAAGUUCCGUGCCAACGUUGAAUCAAAUCUCUGCUUCUGGUUCUCUUGGCAGACAACGGUGGAAUAAAAUUGUUAAGCAAGAAAAUAAAGAACCAGACGUAUAUACAUUCAUUCCCCGCGAUGAUGAAACUAGAGAAGCAGCUGGGAUAUUAGUUGGUUUAAGUUCUGAGAAGAAGUUGAUAAAGCCACUCUCGGCUCUCGGUGGAAAACGACGAAAAGAUCUUUUCAAGGUAGGCGGCGCUGUAUCGAACGGGAAGAUGCCUAGGAUCCACCGGUUAUUGUCUGAGAACGGCAGAUGCUUCAAAUACGACUAAGUUCUCGAGGUUGUGAAUGGCAGAUUGCAUAACGCUUUCACUUAGUAAUAGCAGAUUUUGUAGAUAGUUUUUUAAUCUGGAUGCUGAGAACUCUACUAUAGUCUAUAUAUCAAGUAGUUUUUCCACAA